AUUAAUAAAGUAAUAAUAAAGGGUUUUGUGCUUUUUUCAGUUUUAUUUCUAGAACAAUGCCUGGUUAUGUUCCCUGUUCUAUUAAGGAAUGCUUGUCAGGUCUACUAGACAUCGAUUUCCAAACCCUCAUAAACAAGCAGAACGAUUUAAGAAAUGGAUUAAUGUUUGUGGCAUUGAGUCUCUACUUGAAUUGGAUCCAGAUAAAGUAUUUCGUAACCGCAGGGUAUGUCAUGUACAUUUCCAGGAUAGCGAUUUUACUGCAAAUUAAUUUAUAUCGAGAGAUUCAAUACCAUCGUUAAGAUUACCAAAACCAUUAGAUGAUAUUUUUUGUCAUGGUAAGCAAUACUUAUUAAGAAAUAAUACAAUUACAAUUUUCGCCUUGAUACAUAAUAGUAUAUUCCAUUAGGUGUCUUUCAUUAAAUAGUUUUAAUAUUUUAUUUUGCUUAAUUUGCAGCACCAUCAACUAGCAGCUUUUCACCGCUAAUUUCAUUACCUAUGUCAACAGGUACCAAAAAUAUUUCAGAAAUAUGUACAGCUGAACCCAUGUCACUUGAAAACAAAAUCCAGGAGGUUAAACCUCAGAAUAAAAGACGCAAGAUAAUGGGCCGCCCACUUUUAUCUAGAAAGCAACAUUAUGGUGAUGCAAAGUUAUUGGUGACUUUGAAAAACUUAAAACGACAAAAUUUUGCUAUUCUUAACCGAAAUUUAAAUUUAAAACAACGCUUGCGCAAAGCAGAAGAAAUGUUUUACAACAAUCCAUUAAAGGCGUUUGAGGGUUUAAAUCCCUUACAAUUAAAUUUUUGUAAAACACAAUUACGGUUAUCAAAAUAUAAACCGAGAGGACGACGAUACACUAUUGAGGAGAAGUUGUUUUGCCUGUCAUUGUACAAACAGUCAGGUAGAAGCUUUUUUAGCUUCUACCUGACUUCUUGAGUGCCUUUUUUUCCUUGCCAUCACGAGACACCAUCACCAAACUACUCCAGUCGAUACCAAUUGAAACAGGAUUAAACGAUGCAGUAUUUAAAAAUUUGGAAUCUACUGUUAUAAAAAUUAAAGUACAAGAACGAGUAUCAAUAUUAAUGUUUGAUGAGGUUUUUUUAGAUGCCAAUAUCAGCUAUAAUACAAGAGCAGAUGCUUUUGUUGGUUUGGAAAAUCUUGGCUAUAAGAAGUCCAACAAAAUUGCUGAUAGGGCACUUGUAUUUAUGAUACAAGGUAUUGUAAAAAAAUGGAAACAGCCAAUAGCC